UAAAAACUACUUACUUGACAUGCGCUUUACGUCAUGUGGUACUGAUGUCGUAAAGGUUUUUUUAAGGUACUUGGGUGAGAAAUUUGGGUUUGCUUUUCUUGUGACCUUGCUCGAGUUAACGUAAAGUCAUUUAGGUUUGAAUGGUGUGUUUGUUUGUUGUUUUACGGAAAAUAAAAUAUAUAAACCGGAAGGAAAUCCACGAAGCGGAACGGUUAACGUACAAACGAGAAGGGGGCAAGACACAGGAAGUACCCAGUGAUUUUCUGGGAAGCGGAGGAAUAUCGCGUAUCUUCAUCAAAAUACCACAUCGAAACCUAAAAUUCCAUCACGUAGUUUGUGAAAUUUUACAAUCCUUUAAUAUAAAAUCGCACCACAUAUCCCACUUGACUGAUAUUUCUACAAAGAAGUCAACAAAGAUGCUGAUUAAAGUGAAGACACUCACUGGCAAGGAGAUAGAGAUUGACAUAGAGCCCACAGAUAAGGUGGAGCGGAUUAAAGAAAGGGUGGAGGAGAAAGAGGGGAUCCCUCCCCAACAGCAGAGGCUAAUCUACAGUGGAAAACAGAUGAACGAUGAGAAAACAGCAGCAGACUAUAAAAUCCAGGGAGGCUCUGUUCUCCACCUGGUACUUGCUCUGAGAGGAGGAUGCCUGCUCCACCAUCCCACAACACUAUGUUCUACACCUGCGCUGUAGCCAUCGCUGAUGGCUAAGCUGUUGCGCUGCUUACACGAAGCGAGAACAGUGACGACUCCGAGCCAGCGGCUGCUGGAUCACCGGGUGGUAUUGUAGCCAAGACGGAGCCUUGGUCUAAAAAGUCUGAUCGGGCUCUCUUUAUUUCAGACAUUUCCCUGCAGCCAACGGUGUGUUGGCCACAAACACUCCCUCCCCCCACACUCUGUAAAUUUGCCACGGUGACACACUCUUAUGUAGUUGAAAAGUUUCUCAGAAUUAAAGAAAACUUUGUCUUAAAGUCAACAAAUCAGAUAUUUUGUCUGAAGCAGACAGGCCCGAGGUUUUCGAGGCAUGUAAAGAAGUUAUUUUAGUUCCACUAAUGAUAACACUGGUGACUGGACUGUGAUGCUGCCUCCAGACUUUCUUUAAUUGAUUAUUUUUUUUAUGCUAUGUACAUGUUUUGUUAUUCUUAUAUGAUACAGAUGUGCUGUAGUGCAGUUAGAUUUGAGGAGGAUGAAUCGCUGCAUAUAUAAAAGGAUAGUUUCACAUUUAAGGAAAGCUACCGACUCAUUUUUCAUGGGAGAAAACCGACGCACCUCUCGCAUCUGACCACGACAUGAAGUCACAAUUGUCAGCUGGUUAAAUUUCUUGUUUGUGUAGGGACAAUCUGUAGCACGAAUACGCUCCUUUACCGGUCAUGUCCCGAGACAGUCCUUUAAAUUACGCUUAUAUUAGGUUUAAAUGCAAAAGCUCACAUGCAACAGUCAGAAACACAAGUAAGACAGCAAAUGUAGAUAGACUGAGUAGUGCAAGGUGCAAACUGUAGUAUAGUGAUGAAUGAAAAAACAACCCAGCAAUAAGACCGGCUGCACUCUUUAGGUGACACAUUUCCUUUGUUAGCAUCUCUAAAUCUUUUAUUAACAUGUCACAUGUCGGUUUAAUGUGUGCAAAAAAAUAAGUGUUUAAAACAGAAACUUGACCGCUUCUGUGUUUCAGUCUUCUACAAUAACCCACAGUAAAAAUUUCAUUUCUAACUGUGAAUUUUCCAUUUGGAUUUUGUUCCUAAAAGAAGACCGAGCGAGUUAAAUGGCGACACGCCGUAGUGUUUGUAGGUGGGUUUCUUCUCCCAGUCUUUGUGCUGAUCUACCUGCCUGCUGGGUGUAACCUUAAUAGAUCCAUUAUUUGUUGGACAAAGAGAAUUUUUGUAGUUUUGCUUCCGUUCACCACCGCAGUGGCUUUUAAAUCAAACAAACCAGAUUGAAGUGCAGACCUUCAGCUUUCAUUCAAAGAGUUUAACAGAGUUGCAUGAACUGUUUAGGAAUUAGAGCCAUUUUUAGAGGCUCAGAAAGAACAAAAUAAAAUUAGGUUGUUAUUAAUACUUGAAGUCAACCACUGAAGUCUGUACCUCAUGGACAUCACCAUUACUGCAGCCACCUUCAGUCGCUGCUUGUUUGUGGGUCUCUCUGUCUUCAGUUUUGUUCUCAGCAGUUGAAAGCAUGCUCUGUUGGUUUGAGAUCAGAUGACCGACUCGCCCAUUGAUAAAUAUCUCAUUUCUUUGCCUUUAGAAACUCUUGGGUUGCUGUUGCAGUUUGCUUUGUCUCAUUUAUGCGUUUGCACAGUGAAGCUCUGUCUGAUCAGCUUUGCAGUAUUUGCCUAAAUCUGAGCAGAGAGUACGACCCUGCACACUUCACAGUUCAUCCUACUGCUUCUAUCUGCAGUCUCACACACACACACACACACACACACACCUACCUUCUCCUCAAGUGUGUGCUUGACUUGUUUUAAUGUUUCUCUUUUAAUUAGUCUUCUGUGGUAUUGCUGAGCUCUGCAUUCAUUUCAUUCACAGAAUAAGCCAGAUUGUUGAUCAGACAGUUUAUUUGAGUUUUUCAGCCUAAUGAUGGUCUCCCCCACUUAUACUAACCUGUCUUAGGCCUCCUCAUAUUUACAGUUUUAGUGAAAAGCUUUAAAAUAUAAAUUCAACACUUGGAAUCAGCUUUAAAUAUUAACAAGGAGCAGGCCUCUGAAAAUGGGAGACUGUAAAAAAAAUUACAAUAUAAUGUCUGUAUAAUUCCUAAACAGUUUUAUGAGAUUUAAUUUUUAUUUCAAAUCCUUGAGUGAAAUCCUAUCUAGAUUGUUUCAUUUUAAAAAAAUAUCUGCUGUGAUCAUGUACAGAGGCAAAGUGUCUUUGUGCAACAAACAUGGGCCGAACUGUAUGAGAGUGGUAAAAGUCUUCAUGAAUCUGCAUUUCCUAAAAUGUAAAACUAUUCCUGUGAUGCACACCAACAAGUAAUGGACGUGUUUUGUGAUGUCAGGAAAAUCUCCUGCGAGUUGUUCUAAAUCAUGGACCACAUACGGUAGUUGAUUGUAAGCCUGCUUUAUAAGCAGACUGAGCAUGUCCGUUGGGUAAGCUACUGAUUUAUUUAAUGUGUUGAGCAUUAAUUUGCUCUCAUUGCAUAUUUGACUGUAGUGAAGAGCGCGGCUUCAGUUUACGUGGUUUGUUUGUUUGAGAAGCAUUGCUGUGUUAGUUCCCACGUUGCUCCCACCAGUGUGUGCAGAGUUAUGAGAAACUGACUUAAGCUUUGGAUUGAUCUGUCAGUAGAAUAAAUUUGAUCCUGCAAACGA